AUGAAGCUUCUCGCAGCCGCCUCGCUUUUGGCGUUGGCCACGGCCUCGCCGACUCCUACUCAGCCCCAGGCUGGAACGCCCCGGAUGGCAAAGAGGGCGGACGUCUCAGAGGCGGCCAACCUGGGAUAUGCGACGCUCAACGGAGGAACAAAGGGAGGUGCGGGUGGUACCGUGACAACGGUGUCAACCUUGCCUCAGUUCACCGAGGCUGUGAACGAGAAGAACAGCGAACCAGUUGUGGUAUUUGUCAAGGGCGUAAUCAGUGGUGCCGCAAAGGUGCGGGUUGGCAGCAACAAGAGCAUCAUUGGUUUGCCUGGAUCAGGCUUCAAGGGUGUUGGCCUCCACUUCAGGAAGCAGAGCAACCUUAUCGUGCGCAACAUUGUCUCUUCGUUCGUUGAGGCUGACCAGGGUGAUGCACUCAAAAUCGAGGAAAGCACCAACGUCUGGGUCGACCACUGCGAGUUCUAUUCCGCCCUUGUUGCCGACAAGGACUUUUAUGACGGGUUGGUGGACUCGUCGCAUGGUUCCGACUUCAUCACCAUUUCCCACACUUAUUUCCACGACCAUUGGAAGGCUUCCCUCGCCGGGCACAGCGACAGCAACGGUGGCGAGGAUACGGGGAAGCUCCACGUCACGUACGCCAACAACCACUGGAAGAAUAUCAACUCGCGCGGACCGCUGCUCCGGUUCGGCACGGGCCACAUCUACAACUCGUACUUUGAAAACAUGAGCACGGCCAUCAACACCCGCAUGGGCGCCCAGGUGCUGGUUCAGAGCAACGUCUUCAGCAACGUGACUGCUCCCGUUACCAGCCGUGAUUCGAAGGAGGUUGGAUAUGCGACGGUUAUCGACACUGACCUCGGUGGUGGCCUGAACGAUGCGCCCAAGGGUAACAUGGCCACGGACGCGGUCGGAUACCAGUACUCGCUUCUUGGCUCGGGAGCGGUCGCCGGGAAGGUCCCAGGCGAGGCUGGUGCUAUUCUGACUUUUUGA